AUGCCUUCGUCGUCCAGGACGUCCCGAGAUAAGCGAUCCCGACCGGCCUCUUCCAACAACUCGCGUGCUCUCGAAAAGAGAGAAAUCACAAUCAACAUCUACGACCUACUCCCCCCUGGCAAACUCUCCUCCGUCCUCUGGACGCUCGGCGGUGGGCUGCUGCACUCGGGCGUGGUGAUUGGCGAUAAGGAAUACGCAUAUGGCGGGCACGGACGCAAGGGCCUCACGGGCGUAUACUGGACGAAACCGCACGUCGAACCCCCGGGCGGAACAUGGCGCUGCAGCCUGCUCCACGGCUUCACCUUCCGCAGCGACACGGAGAUUGCCGCCCUGAUCAAAGAGGUGUCGGAGGAGUUCCAGGGGACAAGCUAUAACCUCUUGACGAACAACUGCAAUCACUUCACGAACACGCUGUGCGAGAGGUUGACCAACAAACCGGCGCCGGCGUGGUUGAAUCGAGCGGCGGCCAUCGGCCUCGCCCUGCCGUGCGUUGUGCCGAAGGAGUGGUGCAGCCCGCCAGACUUCGAGACGGCCGAGGGAGAGCUAUUGGACGAGGAUGAACCGGACGGCGAGGACGCGGCGAUGCUAGCAGGGGAGCAGAGAAGGAGGGAGAGGGAGAGGGACACGCCGCCUCCGCGCUUGGUGAAUGUAAAGGACAGUAGUGGGAGGGACAUGCCGCCUGCUGAACGCGCGCCGUUACCGCACUCUCGAAGCUUUGGCUGA